AUGGCUAAAUUGGAUCAGUUUAUAUCUACGCCCGCCAGUGGGCCCAUGGUAUCCCCUAAGGAUUAUGCUGAAAACUCGAAAGUCAAAUUAUCAGGUCGUAUACUAAAUGUUAUGACCACGUUGCCUACUCAAAUUGUCAGCCAAUACGAUUCUAAAACGGGUCUGCAUGUUUGGGACGUUGAGGUAUUUAGAGGCAACUCUGCUUUAUUUUCGUCGCAAUCGUUUUUGCAACAGCAUUCUGAUUGGGAAACACACUUGAUAGCUUGGACUGGAGAGUUAAAGAACAAGGCCGAGAAUACAAUCAAUUUGACUGCCGAAAACUUGCAGGAUGAUCCGUUAUACUUGGACGAAGAGGACAAGGCAGAGAUUGAAAAAAAAUUGCAAAAGUCGAUUGGCAAUGAAAACAUUCAUCCUGUUUGGUUAUUAAGACGUGACCAAGAAAGAUGGAGAAAGUAUGCAGAAAAUGUACUUUGGCCAGUGUUCCACUAUUUUGAAGGAACCCCGUCAGACGGUAAGGAGGAGAUUAAUGCUUGGCACGAUUACGUCAAGUUCAACGAAGCCUAUUUGAACAAGAUCAAGCAGGUUUAUAAGCCAGGCGAUGUUAUUUGGAUCCAUGAUUAUUAUCUUUUGCUUCUUCCACAGUUAUUGAGAAUGGAAUUGCCAGAUGCUUAUAUAUGUCACUUUUUGCAUGUGCCAUUUCCUUCAUCAGAGUACUUCAAAUGCUUGUCAAAGAGAACGCAGCUUUUAGAUGGUAUGUUGGGCUCGGACAAAAUUGGUUUCCAGUCGGACUCAUUUCAACGACAUUUCUUAUCUUGUUGUGCACGAGUGCUCGGUUGCCAGGUUUCCAAAACAGAAGUCUUUGCUUAUGGUACAACAAUCUCUGUUGAGACCUUGCCUAUUGGUAUAGAUACUGCCAAGAUUGAGCACGAGGCGUUCACGGAUGAAGUUGAUCAAAAGGUGCAGGCAAUUAGAAAUGCAUACAAGGGCAAGAAGAUCAUUGUUGGACGUGAUAGAUUGGAUAAGGUGAGAGGUGUUGUUCAGAAGUUGCAAGCUUUCCAAAUAUUUCUUGAAAUGUUCCCCGAGUGGCGAGAGAAGGUUGUGUUGAUUCAAGUUUCAACACCAGGAUACCAACAUUCGGCAAAUGUUGAAAUCAAGGCUACUGAAUUGAUCAACCAAAUCAACUCAAAGUAUGGAACUUUGAACCAUACUCCAGUGAUCCACUAUCAGAUGAUGAUACCCAAGGAAGAGUAUUUGGCUUUGUUGAGAGUUGCUGACUUGUGUCUUAUCACGUCAGUUAGAGAUGGAAUGAAUACAACUGCGUUUGAAUUUGUUAUUUGUCAAAAGGAAAAAAGCUCACCUUUGAUUUUGUCAGAGUUUACUGGUACCGCAUCCGUCUUAAAUGAUGCCAUAUUGGUGAACCCAUGGGAUUCAGUAGGAAUUUCCAAAACUAUAAAUGAAGCUUUAUCUUUUAGUGAUGGUGAAAAGAAGACUCUUGAAAACAGGCUUUACAAAAAAGUGACAUCCAACACUAUUCAGCACUGGACUUCUACAUUUAUUAGAGACACUAUAGAACACUCGGCAAUAACACACACCAAUCAUUAUACUCCAACAUUGAAUAGGCCAUUGUUGUUAAAGAAUUAUCAAGAAUCAGAACGAAGAUUGUUUUUGUUUGACUAUGAUGGAACAUUAACCCCAAUCGUUCAAGACCCCGCUGCAGCAAUCCCAUCAGACAAGUUAAAUCGUGUCCUCGACGUAUUAACACAAGAUCCCAAGAAUCAAAUUUGGAUCAUUUCCGGUAGAGACCAGGCGUUUUUGGAGAAGUGGAUGGGUAAGAAAAACGUGGGACUCUCAGCCGAACAUGGCUGUUUCAUGAAAGAUCUUGGAGCUAAGGAAUGGCUCAAUUUAACUGAACAGUUUGACAUGUCUUGGCAACAAAAGGUCAAAGAUGUUUUCCAAAAGUAUACUGAUAAAACCCCUGGCUCUAAUAUAGAAAUUAAAAAGGUUGCUAUUACGUGGCAUUAUAGAAGAGCUGACCACGAAUUAGGUCUUUACCAAGCACAGAAAUGUGUUGAAGAGUUGACAGAGACAGUUGCCAAGGAAUAUGAUGUUGAUGUGAUGGAAGGCAAGGCAAACAUUGAGGUCAGACCCAAAUUUGUUAAUAAGGGUGAAAUUGUAAAGUCGUUGGUGUUGCAUCCCCAUGGUGCGAAAAAGGCAAUUGAAGAAAUCAUGAAUCAUGAGAUCAAGCAUGAUGAUGACAAGUUGCCUGAUUUUGUAUUCUGUGUUGGUGACGACUUGACUGAUGAGGAUAUGUUCAAGUCUUUGCUCAAGAUUGAAAACCAAUGGUCCCUCAACAACAAGUCAAGAAACAAGUUUGGAUCGUAUGGCAUUUUCCCUGUGGCGGUUGGACCCGCAUCUAAAAAAACUGUGGCAACAGCCCACUUGAAUGAACCUGCGCAAGUUUUGGAGACGUUGGGAUUAUUAGCUGGACAAGUGUCUCUUUUUGAGAGUGCAGGUUCAGUGGAUUUAGAUGAUAGAGGACACCUUGCCAACAGUGAGAUCUCGACCAGACUGAAGGAUGCAGUUAGGCAAGCAACUUUAAAGAAACGAAAGAGUUUAGAACAAGCUAAUGGCGGUAAAGUAGCAGCUGAUGCAAACACUAAGCAAGAAGCAGCAGCAUAG